AGAAUAAAAAUAAUAUCGAAACCAAAUUUGAAAAAAAAAACACAAAUUAGAAAGAAAUGGCAAGCAUGGCUCUAACACCUACUCUUACAAAGCUCCAAAAUGCCAGAGCUAUUAUUGGUCAUACCCCUUUGAGCUCUAGAGUUUUUCUUGGUGCACCAACCAGACCUUUCCAGGUAGGUAAACGCCACCUAGCGAUGGCAAUUAAAGAAGAGGCUCGUAAUGCAGCUGGAAAAGGAGCUGAUGCAGCGAAACAAGGCGCGGAUGCGGCAAAAAGGGCCGGCCAAGAAGCCAAAAACGAGACUGCCAAUGCUGCUGAUGAGGCUAUGCGGAAGUCAAAGGUAAUGGGAGAUAAGGUGGCGGAUGCAGCACAAGACAUGGCUGGAAAAGCAAAAGAAACAGCCCAAGAGGCGUGGGGAUCUGUUAAGGACACCACACAGAAGAUGAAAGAAACAGUGAUGGGCAAGGCCGAAGAAUCCAAAGAGGCUAUCAAAGAUAAUACCAACCGCAACACUAAGAAUUGAAAAUUUUCUAUGCAGAGACAUUAUCUCUUAAAGUUGAAACCGCAGACACAAGUUUGCUGAGUUUUAUAUAUAGUGAAUGUGUAGAUUGAUUAGAAUUUUGCUUCUUUGAUAAUUCAUUCAGGCUUGUGUGCCCUCACUACCUGUGUGUUCGGACUAUAUUAAUUAGUUAUUAUAUGCACGAGUUUUUAUAAUUCAACGGUGCAGCGAUACCACCACAUCUCAAAAGGAUGUACAAGAAAGUUAGGAUAUGAAAAUAUUUUUAAAUGCAGUUUUAAGUUAGAUAAAUGUAUUGCUGACAUUUAUUUGAUACUUAAAUCAAAUAUCAUAAAUUUUACUGUUGAA